CUAAAGCAACAGCUUCGGAUUCCGAUUUGGGUUCGGGCUCAGCUGGGAGUGCGUGUGUGCUAACAUCCCACACUGAGAAUAAGUUGAGACUUUUAACUCUUGCGUAAGCGAGGCCUAAACUUGAACUACAUUGUGAGUUAGUUGAUAGCUGAUAGGGCUUAUCGGCAAAUGUGAACCUGAGUCAGCUAGAAUUGGGUUAUCAGCUGGCAAACUAGCGAAACCACGUCUAGAAUUCAUAAAAUGAUGUUGCUACGAUUUUGGCAGCUCGUUAGUAUUUGUUGACACUUGAAGCAAGAAAGAAAUUCACAGAAAAUGCGUGUGCUGCUAAUGUUAGCAGCAUGUCUUUCCCUGGUCGUGCUUGAGGGCUCGGCUCUGUUGAGUGGCGAGGAGCGCAGCAUCAGGAAAUGCCUCAAUAACUAUGGAGGUCUCAAUGCAGCGAAUGCCGAACGUCUGGAUCGCUAUACACAAUGGUCGGAGAGCAACGAGGAGGUGCCCUGUUUUACGCAAUGCUAUCUGCGUGAGAUGUUCGACUUCUAUCACGAAGAGGCGGGCUUUGAUGCCAUACGCAUCAAGAAGCACUUCGGAGAAGCUGUCUACGAGGCCUGCAGCGAACGAUUGAAGUUAGGUGACCUUAGGCAAAGUAGCUGUGAGCAUGCGUAUGCGGGCUUUCACUGCAUCGUCAGCCUGGAAAACGAUCCAUUCAUAUUGAUUGAGAACAUGCAGAACGCAACUCGUGCUGCCAAAUCCGCAAUGAAGGAAUGUCUGCAACAAGUGGAUCAAGUGGAGUGGAAUCGCAUCAGCGAUUAUGCACGCUUCCCCGUCACAGAGCCCAUUCCCUGCUUCACACGCUGCUUCAUCUCCCGGCUAGAAUUAUUCGAUGAGCGCACUCACCGCUGGCGUGUGCCAGCUAUGCGCAGGGUUUUGGGCGUGCCAGCAUUGGGCGCCCAUGUGGCUGGAUGUGCCCAGCGUCGUGGUCGCAAUCCCUGUGCAACCAUGUACCAGCAAUUUACCUGCUUUGUGUUGGCCGUUUAGUGUUCACAGUAGUUAAAGUAAAGCAUUCGUCUAUAGUUAAUGUUAUAAUACAUACAAUGUUUGAUGGUCACCUAAACUAAUUCGGCUUUGCCGUUGUUGUUGUUGUCGUGGAAGUUGAUGUCUCCAUGCGCAGAUUGCCAUUAUGUUGCUCCCAGCACAGAUAUUCGUCGUACAUCCAGGCACACUUAUUGGGCGCUUGGUUGCGCUGCUCCUGACUCAAACGGCAGCCAUUGUAGUCCGGCUGCUGAUCCUGUCGACUGGGUCCAAAAGCCUGUUGCCAAUUCUGCAACUGCCAGUUGCCCGCAUCGUCAUAGAAAUGCAAAGCAU